AUGAAUGUAUUUGGACUUUUAAAACCUUCAACUAAAAAUCAGAAAGUAAACAAUGAAAAGAAUGUAUCAAAUUCAAUUAACGAAAAUAAAGUAUCGCAAACUAAUCCAUUGAUUGAUUCGAUACUAAGCUUGACAUUUGAUGAAGAAAGUCAUGAUCGAACUACGAGGUUUGAGGAAAAGCAAAACGAAACGAAAAGUCUACAUGACUCAAUAGUCGAAAAAUCAACCCCGAACCAAAAAAAGUUACCAAGAACUUUAAAACCUAGACCAAAGCUCCAAUAUGCUAUUAAUAAAGUCAAUAAUAAUGAAUCAAAAGUAGAACUAUUAUCACCUAUUAUAUCAAAUAAAAUUCAAAAAUUAACACCAAGAUCAAAUUCAAGAAAGAGAAGUCGAAUACUUUCAAAACAUUUGCAAAAUACGAAUUCAAUUUCACCAUCUUUGUUAUUGCAAAAGAUUGAAACUACUGCCAAUAUAUCAUAUUUGGAUGAAGUAGGUACCCCUUCAAAAACUCAAUCACAAGCAUACUCAAAUGCUCAUAACACACCAUCAAAUUCUAAAAACAAUUUAAUUUUAAAUGACAACCCCAUAAAUGUAUCAACUCCAAGAAAACGAUCGCAAAAAAUUAGAAUUGGAUUAACUCCUGAAAGAAACUUAGUAUCUAGUCCAAAUCCACUCAAAUCCAACUCAACAAAAUCAACUCCAAUCAUUUCCACUUUCACAAAUUCAACUUCAAAUAAUUCAAGCACAAAGAAAACUAUCGCGUCGCCGAAGUCACCUCAUAAAAGAAACUCCUCAAUGAAGACCACCCCAGAUGAUACAAUCCCGGAACAUGUUGACUUGAUUAAAAUUCAAACUCAAAAUGCAAUCAAUAUUCAAAAUCAAAAUAUUACAACAUUUACAUCAACAUCAAAUCAAUUAUCUAACGGGUCUAAUUUGCCAACGAAUAAAGCCUCAGCUGUUCAUAGUCUAAAUUCAUCAAGAGAGUCACUGAAAGAACCACGAAAUGGCGUUAAGAAGAAAACCAAACUAAAAGUGGGUCCAAUAGAUAAAAGAAAAAAAUCACCAUCCAGAAAUUCAACUAAGAAUCAAAAUCAAACUCUACAGGGAUCACAAAAUACCAAUAAUGAUACUAAAUGGGGGAAUCGAACAACCAUGUUGAGAAGAGCAGAUAUGUCAGAAGGAGAAUAUGAAAAUAAAAUGAGUAAACAUCGUAAAAUUGUGAAACAAAUUUCUUUUGGUGGUGAAUAUGAAGAAGAUGAUGACGAAAGUGAAGAGUUUUAUUCGGCUGAUGAAAGGUUUGAUGACGAUGAAUUGGUUGUUUUUGAACAAGAUAAGAAUUUGAUGAAUUCAGUAGAACCGAUUGAAGAUCCAAUCAAACAAAGUACUAAUUCGGAAUCAAAUAUGAUUGUUGGAGAAGAAGUUGAGUUUUUCGACUUUAAUGAAAUUCAUGAAUCACCAGUUCAAUUAAUCAAUGUAGUAGCUACACCUAGUAAACAAAUUGAUGAAGAUAUUGAUGAAGAGAAACAAUCUGAAUCUGUUGAUGCAAGAAAACAAAAAACACCAAUAUCUAUAAGUCAAAGUAUACACUCGGUAAUAGAGAGAAAUGAAGAUCAUCGAUCUCCAAGUCAGAUAACCAAUGUAGUUACACCUAGUAAACAAAUUGGUGAAAAUAGUGAUGAAAGGAAACAAACUGAAGCUGCUAGUACAAAAAAACAAAAAACCCCAAUAGCUACAAAUCAAAACAUACCCCAUCCAUCAAAGAAGAAAUUUAGUGACAUUCUUAGUCCUACAUCUAAAGGAGCUACAACUAGUAAACGAAUUGAUCAAGAUAGUGAUGAAAAGAAACAAACUGUAGCUGCUACUACAAGAAAACAAGAAAAUACAAUAGCUAAUGAUCAAAACACACCACGUCCAUCAAAAAAGAAAUUAAGUGAUAUUCUAAAUCAUACUAGAGGAGCUACAACUAAUAAACAUAUUUAUGAAAACAGUGAUUUAAACAAACAAUCUGAAUCUAUUGUUACAAGAAAACAAAAAAAUUCAAUAGCGAAAGAUCAAAAUAAACCACUUCCAUCAAAGAAGAAAUUAAGUGAUACUUUAAGCCAUACUAGAGGAGCUACAACUAAUAAACAUGUUGGUGAAAACAGUGAUUUAAAGAAACGAUUUGAAGUUGUUGUAACAAAAGAAAAAGAAAAUCCAAUAGCUAAAGAUCAAAAUACUACGCUUCCAUCAAAAAAGAAAUUAAGUGAUACCUUAAGCCAUACUAGAGGAGCUACAACUAAUAAACAUAUUGAUGAAAACAGUGAUUUAAACAAACAAUCUGAGCCUGUUGUAACAAAAGAACAAGAAAAUCCAAUAGCUAAAGAUCAAAAUAAACCACUUCCAUCAAAAAUGAAAUUAAGUGAUAUUUUAAGUCAUACUAGAGGAGCUACAACUAAUAAACGUAUUGAUGAAAACAGUGAUUUAAAUAAACAAACUGAAUCUGUUGUAACAAAAGAACAAGAAAAUCCAAUAGCUAAAGAUCAAAAUAAACCACUUCCAUCAAAAAUGAAAUUAAGUGAUAUUUUAAGUCAUACUAGAGGAGCUACAACUAAUAAACGUAUUGAUGAAAACAGUGAUUUAAAUAAACAAACUGAAUCUGUUGUAACAAAAGAACAAGAAAAUCCAAUAGCUAAAGAUCAAAAUAAACCACUUCCAUCAAAAAUGAAAUUAAGUGAUAUUUUAAGUCAUACUAGAGGAGCUACAACUAAUAAACGUAUUGAUGAAAACAGUGAUUUAAAUAAACAAACUGAAUCUGUUGUAACAAAAGAACAAGAAAAUCCAAUAGCUAAAGAUCAAAAUAAACCACUUCCAUCAAAAAAGAAAAGUGAUACUUUAAGUCAUAGUAGAGGAGCUACAAAUAAUAAACGUAUUGAUGAAAACAGUGAUUUAAACAAACGAACUGAAGCCGUUGUAACAAAAGAACAAGAAAAUCCAUCAGCUAAAGAUCAAAAUAAACCACUUCCAUCAAAAAGGAAAGUAAGUGAUAUUCUCAGAAAAAGCUAUCCUCCAAAAUUUCCACCAUCAGCGUCUACCUCUAAAAAUAUCAGUAGCGGGGUAACUCGUCCUGCAAAUUUAUCAAAUUUGUUUAAUAUUAGCAGUAAUAAUGGUACGUUCAAGCUAGCUUCAAAUAAUAUCACAACCCAAACAAAACCUUCAUCAACUCCUCGUUCGCAAGAAUCAAAACCACUUACAAUGGCUGAAAAAAUCAAAAAAUUGAAUGAACUUCGUCAGCAAAUGCAGAACAAUACUCAGUCAGUCGAUAUUACACCAAUAGCGAAUGGAUCAAACAUCACUAACCAGAAAAAUUCUUUAUCAAAACUACUACAAAACGAUAGUCAACCAAUCGAAAGUACAAUGGCGAAUGGAUCUAACGUCCCCAAACCGAAAAUAUCUUUAUCAAAACUACUACAAAAGUCAAAAGAGAAGAAAUUGCAGUCACUAAAUCAACAAAAAUCUGCAAAUACUCCAAAUAUUCAUUCACCUCAUAAAACGUUCGAGGUCAAUAAAGCUAGCUCAAAUCGAACUCAUGCCGAGCAACAAUUGGACAAUGAAGAAAACCAACAGUUGGGAGAUGAGGAAAACAUCAAUGAUGAAACAAUUAUUUGUACCCCUUCUUCAGUAAUCAUUAAUAACGACAUGAAAAAUACAUCAGAAAAACUAACUCAAAUAAAUGAUACAUCAUCCAGUGCCAAUUCAAAAAUUAAUGAAAAUGAAUAUAUUAAGAAAGAUCUCGAUAAAAUUGCGAAUGGAUAUAAAGAAAAGCUGGAGACUGAAAGUGCAGAUGAAGAAGGAAAUCUUUUGGAAGUAACUGAGGAAGAAUUCAGUCAUAAUGUUAUUCAAUUAGCUCUUGAAGAAGAUAGAAUGAGAGCUAAAAAUUUGCAAAAACAAAAACAGUUUGAAAAUUUACGAAAACAAAUUCAAGCUGAAAAUUUACAAAAACAAAAUCAAGCUGAAAAUUUGCAAAGACAACAUCAAGAAAAACUACAAAGACAACAUCAGGAAAAACUUCAAAUACAACAUCAAGAAAAACUGCAAAGACAACAUCAAGAAAAACUACAAGCUGGGAUUCAUAAAUUGAAUGAUGCUUAUGACUUACCGGAGAUCACACUUCCAACUAACGUGUCUCCCACAGCUUGGAAAGUGAAAGUCGGAAACAAGGCACCUAAUCAAAACAAUUCAAAUACCUAUUCACAACUUAAUCUGUUUAAAAGACCAUUACCAUUUGAACUGAAAGCUCCAAAGCCAAAGAGAAGAGUUACUGUUAAAAAAGGAAAGUUUAUUACCAUCAUGAAUUCGUCAUCGGAGGAGGAAAGUGUUGAUCCUGGAGACUCGAAAGAUGUAGAUAGUGAAGUUGAUGAUAGUGACGAAGAUAACUUGUAUGGUGAGAAUAACCACUCCGGUUGGGAUAGCGAUAGAGAUCUACCUGACGAAUUUGGAAUUAAAACCAAUAGAAGCUCAAGUUUUUUUUCUUCAAAUGAUGAAGAAGGUCAAGAGGAAGAAUUUGUUGGAAUGGUUACCUCAACUCAAGAACAUUCAACUGAAAAAGAUCUGCUGGGAACUAAUAACAUUGAAGCUAGAAUAAAUGAUUCAAUUGAUAGACCAUUGAGUCAAUGGGAAUUAAUUUAUAGAUCAAAUUCAACUAUAGAGAAAUCAAUUUUAUCACAAAAUGGAGGAUCAGGUUUAUUGAAAAGUUCACAAGAAAAACAUCAAUCAUUUUCCGAGAAUCUUAAAGCCCAAUCUCAGCCAGGACUUUGGAAUUCAAAUCGAAACACGGAACUGCUAUGGACAAGUGACAAAGGUUAUCGAAUUUAUUCUCAUCAUGAACUAUUGAAUAUAGGUUCUAAGAAAGCAGAUGUAACUAAUUUUAGGGAUCCAAUAGAAAAAAAGUAUGAACAAUUACAUAGUCAAGGUAUUCAAGUUGAUAAGACCAAUUCCCAGAAUUCGUCUUCGUCAAGUAAAAACGACCCAAACAAUCUGAAUAAUCAAUCAAGUCAAUCUGUUCAUUCUCCUGUAAAUAAAAAAUCCAGUCUGGAGCAAUCGGAGAAGCAAAAUGAUAUAUUGAAAUCAAAUGAAAAUCCGGCUACAGCUUUAAUAAAUAUUCCUCAACCUGUACAACAAGAUUUGGAAACAUCAGAGAAGCAACAAAACAACUACGUCACUAGUAAAAAUAAAGCCAAAAGGGCUAAACAAAGGAAAACCUUCAGGUCAUUACAACAUAAAAGUGAAUGA